CAUGACAAAUGACAACAUCUCAUAAGAUUCCUUUAGUUGAUAGAGUGUUUUACCUUUGACUAAGAGAUAAAGUACUUGAGUUUCUUUUCACUACUGUGCCUCAUCGACAAUUACAGAGAAGCUAUACAUAAUAUUAGUAGUAGAAGACUAUAAUUCACUUUUGUCAGCAUGAAAACAAGAAAGAAUUUAAGACAUAGUAAAGACAAAGAAACUGGUCUCCAGACUCUGCAGUCCAGUGUGAAAUGGCAUCACAUAGUGAACAGCGCUCCGAGCCUAUGGGAUGCAAUCUCAAGACUGUUAAGUGACCAAGCCAUGGUCCUCUCCCUGAACUCCAGCUUUGUAGAUCCCUUACUGCAAUUUGAAUCCCAACUGAAUAUAAUAGAGUCAUCCUUUAAAAUGGUAUUUGCUAUACCAAGUCUUGAGAAAGUGAGAGAAAUGGGAACCAGUGAAGAUGACAAAGAGGACUUGGAAAAUUUAUAUCAAAGUAUUUUAAACAUGUUUGAGGAAACUCUUCUGAUCUUAGUGUCUAAAGACUUCUACAAACUGCAAAUCUUAAAGGACAUGAUUAUAUGGAUGAAUGAAGAUACUUCGUACCUGCAGGAAAGAGUUAUGAUGAUCAUCAGCAGUGUGCUAAGCUUUGCAUCCAAGAAAGUCAAGAGAUAUGCAAGUAUUGAUGCUCCAUGUUUGGGUGUCCUGGCAGCAGAAUUGUCUCUUCUGUGUUUUCAUAAUGAUCCCUUAAUCACACAUCAAGCAUCCUUGGGAAUGUGUUACCUACUCUGGAUUGCAAAGUGUCAGAAUGCAGAUAUUGAAGAAAUUAAAUCUACAAUGUGUAAUUCUGGAAAUCAUGGCCUCCUACCUGUUCCCUCUGAUACAGAAUUCCUACUAAUGGACUUGCAACAAGACAAAACUAAAAUUACCCAGUAUGUAGGACAAACCCUAAAGCCAUCCUUGCUGACUGACUUUGUGUGGAGUCUCCUGAUGAGACUCUCUUCAUCCAAUUGUGUAACUGCAUUCGAGGCGUCAACCAUGCUGAAAAUGACUCUGGAAUAUCAUGCCCAUAAGGUCACCAUGGUGUCUAAGAUUGUGGAUGCUAUUUAUAAGCAAUUGUGUGAACAUUCUUCUCAUGUCAUGAGGCAUACUUUGUUGCGGGUCAUCACCUUGUUGAUACGUUCUUCACCGAAGAAGGUUAUCUUUCAACUUAUGGAUUACCCAAUCCCAGCAGACAACACUUUGCUACUGAUGUGGCAGGCAGCAGGCUCUGAGUCAAGGAUGGCCCCUCAUGUGCUGAAGACAAUCUUGUUGAUACUGAAAGGAAAGCCUGGAGAAAUGCAGGACAGCCUAAUGGAAAGAAGACGUUUCUCCCUAGAUACUACUAAUAUGAUGCCUGUAGCGGCAUCCCAGGCUCUGUGCACAUUGCUGCCUAUUAGUUCUUACAAGAGAGCGGUGGCCGAGUUUUUCCCCCAGCUCUUGAUGGCUCUCAUGCUUCAACUCUUCUACAGCAGUGACCUGAGACUGAUGAUUAAGGACAGGCUGUUCUAUGCACGGGAUGCCCUGAGAGUUCUGCUGAAUUGUUCUGGACUGCAAAAGGUGGAUAUGGCUCUAAAGAAAAAGAACUGCUGGAACCAGUUUUCCCAAGUGCUGUCUCACCAUCACAGGGUUUAUCUUGUUGCCAAAACUCUCAGUGACUAUAACUUCCCACAGUUUCCAGAGACCUUGCAUUAUCUCUACAAGCUCUCAGUGGAAGGUCCUAGACGGUCAGAAGACAGUGUCAUCAUAGUAAUAUUCUUCACUGAACUUCUGAAUAACUUCUUCAAAGACCCAUUCCCAGAAGAAUUUUUGGUUCUCUUCAGAAACUGGGUCAAUGAUCCCAAUCCUGCAGUUAGCAAGCUGAGCCUUCAGAAAAUUGCCAGUAUGGCGCCAGUUAUCAAUAAGGUAGAAAAUGUCCGCAGCUUAUUAAUAUCCAUCUUAGAUGCCUUCUUUUCAAAAGACAAGACUGUUAUAAUUUGGGCCUUACUCACCCUUCGAAAACUUUUAGGAAAACUGAACAAGGUUACCUAUUCCUCUUUGUCUACUAGAAUUGCUUCCAGCUACUAUCCUCUGAUGGAUCAUGCAUGUAAAUACACAUUGAAAAUCUGUGCCUCAGAAUUAAAUUGGUCAACAUCGUAUUUGCUCAAGGACAAACAUCACAAUUUUGAGCUGGUGGUGCUCAACAUCUGUAACAAUCUCCUUAUUUCUCAUGAAAGCUACAUUACAAAUUUGAUAUCUGAUACCUUGGGAUUCCUGAGAAGCUCCCGAAUAUACCUGAGAAGAGCAUCAGUUAUUUUAAUAGGGUACUUGACAAAAUUAGGCAGCCAUUUACUGCUCAGAGAAGAAAUUGAAGUCAUGCUUGAUGCUAUUGACCCAGUGCUUCGAGAUGAAGACCCUGUGAUCAGGGAGUUGGCAGAAAUUACCUACAGAGACUUUAAGGAAAUGUCCCUUAAAUUGACCUCCUCAAAUUUUAAACAAAUCUUCCGAAGACUAUUUAGCCUUAUAUACUUAAAAAAAUUGAAGCCUCUUUAUAACUGGCCUGACAACCUGGCAGACAGUCUCUGAAGAUUAAGGAAACCAAGAAUGACAAGGAACUCCUUCCAGAUGUGAAUUAUGACUUAUUUGGUAAAGAAUGAGAAGUUAUUCUCUGACUUGAAGCAUAUUUCAGAAGAGAAAUGAUUUUCCUUUCCCUCUUGAUAACUUGAGUCUAUAUGCACAUGCUUUUCUGAAGGGUGCUAAAAGCCUUUCCUGUCACUUAAUUCUCUAUUCAAAUAUAGAAAUCCAUUGUCUUUCUAUAUUUGACAGUGAUCAGAAGGACUUACUUCAUCAAACCCACUAAUAAAAUUGAAAAGUAUAUAAGCAAAGUGUUUGAUGAGAAGCGCUUGGAUUUAGAUCCAAUCAGUAAGCAUCUAUUGAACACUGGUACUAUGCUAGGCAGUGGGGACAUUUGGAUAAUAUAAACAAGGUUCCUGUUAUCAGGCCACAGUCUAGUGAUACACACUGUGGCUAUUUCCCUCCUGCUGGGACAAAUACUGCCUAGAGUAGUAUUCACAAAGGAAGAAAUAGAACUUGAAUGGAAGGAGGAGGGAAAUGUAUUCCAGGUGGAGUCACUGAGGCAAGAAAAGUGUUGAGGGGAAACUGGAGACUUUGUCAUGGACGCAGGUAGGCAAGGCAAAAACAGGGAGUCCUGAGGCCUGAAGGGAAGAUGAUCCCAUGCUAAUCACUUUAAACUUUUUGAAAUAAAAAUUGGGUAACUUGUCAUAGUGGUGACCCAUUGCCCUCAGGAUCUAGUCUAACACUGUCCUGACCCAUCAGAAAGUCCUCAGUGAUCUUGCUUGACCUGUGGCUUAGGCUCAUCUUUCACUCCUCUCAUCAUAAUCUCCUCUCAGCCUGCUCUCCCUCUCUAACAUCAACUCCUCCAGUCACAGGAAAUUACUUGUAGUUAGAUGAAAGCCCCCAAUGAUUCAAGUGUUUUGUAUUUUU